CGUAGGGUGGGGCCCCGCGCCCCGUCAGUCACCCGGCAUGUGCGCCGCGGGUGGGGCCGCUGUUGGCCGACGUUCCGGCCGGCCGGGUGUUCGUCCCGCCAGCCGGGGCCGCUCGCACCGCCUCUGCCUUCCGCUGCCCCCGACGGCUCCGGCGGCCCGGCUGGACGCGGCGGGCGCUCGGGCGGCCUGAGCAGGUUCACGAACGGUGUUUUGAACGGGGUGUUUGGUGCUGAGAACCGAGAGCGGGCUUGCUGAGUUACUGUCCGAGUGGCUUGGGAUCGCCCCGAGGCUCUGGGCAGCUGUGGGUGCGACCAAGUCCAGCCCAAGUGGGGUUCACUGGGACACCAUUUUCAAGAAGUUUCCCUGCAGGUGUAAUACUCCAGGCCUGCAAAGAUGCUGAAACAGAUACUGUCAGAGAUGUACAUCGAUCCUGAUCUUCUGGCAGAGCUCAGUGAAGAGCAGAAGCAGAUCCUGUUCUUCAAGAUGAGGGAGGAACAGAUCCGCCGAUGGAAAGAAAGAGAAGCAGCAAUGGAAAAACAGGAGAGCUUGCCAGAGAAAUCCAGACCCGAGAAAGAGAACGGCAAGUCUGUCCGCUGGAAACUGGGAGCCAAUAAGGAAGUCUGGGUCUGGGUGAUGGGAGAACACCACCUAGACAAGCCCUACGAUGUGCUCUGUAAUGAAAUCAUUGCCAAGAGGGCUCAGCUGAAAGCAGAGGAGGAAGCAGAAGAACCGAGAAAACCUCAGUGCGGAGACUUCACCAGUAGCGUGCAGACACAAUCACAGCGCCCUGACCGGCGAGCGGCAGGUGCCCGGGACCCACAGCGCGUCGGCGAGGAAGCCUCCGCAGGGGCGGCACCGAGGCCGGGCCCUGGAGCGGACCGGCCCCCCGGGCCGGAGGAGACCCGGUCACCCUCCAGUUCCUCAAGAAAUAUUCAACGAAUGUUGGCAGAUUCUAUCAAUCGUAUGAAGGCAUAUGGAUUUCACCAGAAGAAAGAAUCCAUAAAGAAAACACAAGAUGAAGAAAUAAAACAAAUAGAUGAGGAAAGAACCAAGCAGAUUUAUAAAAGCUGGAAAGAAGAUUCAGAGUGGCAGGCGUCUUUGCAAAAAUCCAAAGCAGCAGAUGAGAAGAGGCGUUCCUUGGCCAAACAAGCACGGGAGGACUACAAGAGGUUGUCCUUAGCAGCCCAAAAGGGAAGAAGCAAUGAGGGACCACGAGGCUCCCCAGCUGUUCCACAGAAACCCAAAAGGCCCCCCCUUCCACCCAAACCUCAGUUCCUAAACCCAGUGGGAUACCUUCGAAUACCUGUUAGAAACCCAGGCGUGACAAGGACGGCGUCCAGCUCUGCCCAGGAGGACAUCGUGCGGUGGUUUAAAGAGCAGCAGAUGCCGCUGCGGGCGGGCUUCGAGCAAAGCUCAGACAGCAUAGCACCCUGGUUCCACGGCAUUCUCACGCUAAAGAGAGCCAACGAGCUUCUGAGCACCUGCGUGCCAGGUAGCUUUCUGAUCCGCGUCAGCGAAAGGAUCAAAGGCUACGCCCUGUCCUACCUGUCCGAGGACGGCUGCAAGCAUUUCCUCAUAGACGCCUCUGGGGACUCCUACAGCUUCCUGGGGGUGGACCGGCUGCAGCACACCUCGCUGGCGGCGCUGGUGGAAUACCAUAAGGAGGAGCCCCUCACUUCCCUGGGGCAGGAGCGCCUUCUGUACCCCUGCGGUCAGCAGGACCAGCCGCCCGACUACAUGGAGCUGUUUGGGUGAUGGCCCCCAGCGUGUCCCGCGGCCUCCAGCCGGGCUUUCCUCUGGACAAAUACUGAUGAAAUGGACAUCUAUGCGUGAGGCCAAAGUCCCCCUGCAGCGAGCCAGUACCUGUCAACCCAAGUAUCUCAGAGCCCCCUGGAAAUCCCUGCGCCAACGUUGGGCUUCAGUGUUAAAAGUACCUCUGCAUCAUGAGUUCCCAAAGAAAAGGGAGAAGACCCCCAAUUUCAGCAGCUAUCUAAGCUGAAGGAUGUACCCUUAAUGACGUAUGUUAGUAAAAACAAUAGAGAAACUGAAGCCCAUUAGGGAUGAAGGAGUACUUCAAGAA